GAUGUUUUAAUAUCGUAUUAAGGACAUUGAAUCAAGCGGAAUGAAUUUUGUUUCCUGUGUUCAUAGUAUACCUGAGAAGUUUAGAGUUCUCAUCAUUUUCUCUUUGUUUGCUAUGAAUAAUGGCUUUUCGUGGAUUAUGUUUGAUCCUGUAGCCAAAUGGAUGGAAACAAACGUAGAUGGUUUAUCAAAAAACGAGUUGGAACUUCUUUCAUCGUGGCAACCCGUUGCUUUCCUGUGUAUGUGUAUACCUGUUAUGAAGAUCGUGACACAACACGAUGGUCUGCGCUUCUCGGUUCAAUUUGGAACUCUGUUGGAGAUCGCGGGUGCGUUCCUCAAGUUGAUUGGUAUUUUAGCACGCCAUCACAAUGCAGGCCUUGUCUUUCUAAAUAUGGGACAAAUAUUUAGUGGAUUGGGUUCUCCAGUCGCGGCGGGUGCAGUGUCAGCCCUCUCUGCGACCUGGUUUCCGCCAAAGGAACGCACACGUGCUACUGCUGUUGCGAUUCUUUUCAACAGUGUAGGUAAUGCUCUAUGCUAUCUUUUUAUUCCUAUCGUAACUCAAAAAUUGACUAUGGUAUGUGUCAUUAUUUACGAGCUGUUGAUUGCGAUUCUCGUUGCGGUUCUUGCAUGGAAGUUCAUGCCAAAGGAACAUCUACACGGAGAUGAUCAGCAAAUGCAGUCUGGCAUGAACUGCAGUACAAGCAAUUCGCUCGAAGAUAGUAACAAUGAGACACAAGGUGGGGGUGAAAUUAUCGUACACCCUAAUGUCCAUGUCUCCUUUCAUCGGCAGCUCGCUCAGCUCUUCCGUAUUCCAUCCUGUCUUCUCCUCUUGAUUGUAUAUGCUUGGCUUAGUGGAGGGUUUUCUGCAUGGAUCUCACUUUUUGACGAAACUUACAAUAAGUGGUUUACCGAAACAUUUAUUGGAAUUAUGAGCUUUUCUGGCAUCUUCAUGUAUGUAAUUGGAGGUUUAUUGAUGUCAUGGCUAGUGGAUUUAUACUUUUCACGUCAAAUGAAAUAUGUGAUAUUUUUCUGCAUUACCAUGAAUAGUUUAGGCAAUCUUAUUUUUAUUUCAUGCACACCAAAUGAUAAGGGGUUUUCUUUAUUGAAUUGGGGUAAGGGAUUCAUUAUCUUCUCCACGGGUUUAUGUGGUUUCUGGAAUGGUGCAGCAGCUCCACUAUUCUUUGAACUUAUAGCAGAAAUAUCAUUUCCGAUUGAAGAGGGUGUUAGUGGAAUUUGUGUCUCUUUAAUGGAAAAUGUCGGAGCCUUGCUGUUUUAUCAGGUUAUUUCAAAGUUUUUCGAAGGCCAAUUUAUGACUAUUGCUUACUCUUUUGGAAUGAUAGUGGUAAUUGCUCUUUGUGCUGCUGUAAAACAGCGUUACAAGAGAACAUACCAUACAUAUAUCUGCGAAAUGGUGCAACAUGAAUAAAGCCUUUAUAUUUAUUAAGUUAGAGCUUUGCACUGUAAUGCAUUCUCUAUGUUGUAAUGUAAUCCUAAGUGACAAAUAAAGCCCUAUUGGAAUAUUAAUCAAAAGUUAGAGAUUCUCUGAUUCAUAUGAUUCACGUUUAUCUUGUGAAUCUUGUUGAGGUCAUCGGAAAUUAGUUGUAGUACAUGAACCCCCCCCCCCCCGAAAAGCUUAGUUCUGAUUUCUAUUUCCUUCUACAACGAUAGCAUAAUGUAUACACAGAAUCAUAAGAUCGUAAUUACCAUAAAUAGCUUCAUGAAAAAAAAAGUUUCAGUUUACCACGCUGCUAAUAUCUUAUGUUAUUUAUUUGUCUAUUUAUUAGAACACUAUUUUACCUUUUUUUUUCAAAUCUCCAAAUGAAGACUACUUUAUGCAAUGAACUAGAAAUAGGAGCUAAGUGAUUUAGGAUAUAGUCAACGAAUCCAUGAUGUUUGAAAAGUGAGCUUAUACUCAUAGAAGUCUUUUAUUAUGUUAACGACACCGUUUAGGGUGUGAUUGGUCUUUCUACAGGUGUGUGGACCUCUUAUUUAGCGUCCAUAUGUUGUUAGAAAUGACGCUACUUCGAAGGCUGCCUGCGAGGUGGCUUGAGGCUGGAAUAUCUUUUGUAACUUGAA